GCCUGUGUUUGUGGGUGCCUGGUUUCAACCAUGGUGAUAUAAAUUAUUGAUCAUUAAACAGGACAAGCUACCUGGAAGGUAGGAUUUCUGUGCACUGGCCUGUUUAAUGUCACAGUAACAACAGUAACAGGCAACUGAGGAACAAUAACUAGCUGUUUAUUUAACGGCCAUAGCCCCACUAUUUAAAUUCAUAUUGUGUGGCUAGGCAGCAUUGAGAAAUGUCUUUACUGUAUCUUGAUUCCCUUACCAUAAAAGAAGAUGACUCAAACUCCUCCACUGAAAACCUAAGUUUGGAAGAGGACUUGGAUUCAGACUUGGAGCCAGAUGAAAAGCCAAACCACAAGCCAUCAACCACAGCCGAAGUGUACCUGGAAGCCUGCAGACUGACUGGUGUGGUGCCCGUCUCAUACUUCAUAAGACACCUGGGUACCUCCAGCAUGGACCUAAAUCACCACGGACUCGGACCACUGGGCUGCAAGGCCCUUGCUAUUGCAUUAGUGACUGAUAUGACCAUCAGUACCCUGGAACUGGCAGACAAUCACAUUCUAGCGGAGGGAGCUAAACACCUUGUUGAAAUGCUGAAGGCUAAUUUCACCAUCAAUACCAUGGAUUUGUCGGACAACCACCUUCAGUCUGUCGGCGCAGAGUGUAUUGGAAAAAUGUUGCUUGAAAAUAUUUCAUUGAAAUCGUUGAAACUCUCAGGAAACAAAUUCACUGAGGACGAUGCAAAAUUCUUUGCAGAUGCAUUAUCAAGCAAUUAUAGAGUGAAACACCUGGACCUGAGCCACAACGCUUUCAGUGGACGUGGAGGAGAGCAUUUGGGACAGAUGCUGGCAAACAACGAGGGUCUAGAGACGCUGGACCUCAGCUGGAAUCAUCUCAGGAUGAAAGGAGCUGUGGCCUUUUCGGCUGGGCUCAAGGUGAACAUAACCUUGAAACACCUGGACCUGUCGUGGAACGGGUUCGGGAAUGAGGGAGCGCUGGCGAUGGGAGAGGCGCUGAAAUACAACAACACUCUGGUCCAUUUGAACCUCAACAACAACCGCAUCACCAACGAGGGGGUGGGCACGCUGUGCAAAGGCCUGGAGUUCAACGACACACUGAGAGUCUUACUGCUGGCAUACAAUUCUCUGACAGUAGAGGGCGCACUGGCCCUGGUUAAUGUGGUGAAGAACAGCCAUAAAACGGCCUUGGAGGAGAUCAACAUAUGUAACGUGUUGGUAAAUGAGAACUUUGUGCGGCUGCUGGAGUUGACCUGUCAGGAGCACCCCAGUCUAGAGGUGCAGUACGGGGGGGUGGGGGGCUUCAUUGCAAAGAAACCCCCCAAACGUCUCGACCCCAUGAAGGUCAUCCAGGACUAUCUGGAUCAACGCAAACUGCGCUUGUGGGACUUCUUCCGGAACAUCGAUAAGGACGGCACCAUGCGCGUCCCUGUAGGGGACUUCAGGAAGGCCGUGCAGCAAUCCAGCAUUCCUUUGGAUCGCUACCAAAUCGAGGAGCUUAUUCAGAGGCUGGACCGUGAGAGGACAGGCAUGGUAGACUACAGGGGGCUGGCGGACACCCGCAAGCAGAUGAUGAAGGACCACCGGCGGCAGCUGCGCAAGACCGAGUCCCGGCAGAAAAAGGAGAAGCAGAAGAGCGACCGCAUCCUCAAGACCUUCCAGAGCGCCGUGGAGGCGGUGACGCCGCGCGAGUCCAUGGUCAUGUCGCCCGGCGCCGGGGCCAAGGAGGACUCGAGCGGGCCCCAACACUUCUCCGCCACGCCCCUGAGCUCCUGGCACCACAUCGUCAUGUCCAACAGCAGCCGCUACUCCGUCACCAACCUGAGCAGCGAGCACGUCCACCAGCCCCACCACCACCUCCACCGGGAGCAGCAGAGACCCACCAGUUCGCCCGCCAUGCGGUCCUACUCGCACCCCAACCUGCUGGACGACUCGCCGCGCUCCGGCCCCGGCAAGACCGGCUCCUCUGCCCAGGGGAUGCACUCCGACCCGGAGGGGGACGUGGGCAAGCUCAGCGCCACCACGGACCACCUGACCCGGUCCAGGCCCGCGCUCAACAACCAACUGUCUGCCGGCAAGAGCAAAACAGGCAAAGUGAAGAAGAAGAAGAAGAAGCGAGUGGAGAAGGCAUGAAAGAAACCCGACCACACAGGAAGUGCCUUAUGUUGAUACAUAAGGUUAAUCUUUGCAAAGCAAAGAUCAUCUUUGAAAAGCAAAGAUUAACCCUAUGCUUUGUUUGUC